UGGGAUAUAAGAGCGUGUGUGUGGCUCUGUCUCUGCCUGAGAUCCAGCAGCUCCCAGCUUUUAUACACCGUUUCACAGAGCAGAUAGAAAAAACAACGUCCACUUUCUGGCAUUCACGCACACAUCCAUGUCGGGCUGACCGUGCUCGGGCGGUUUUUAACACAUUCGUGUUAAAAAAAAUAUCGACUUUUUUUUUUACAGAAGCGUCACGGGUCUAGAUCCCUUUUUUUAGACUUGGUGCGUUUUUGUUUUGGGGUACACGGGGUCACAGGACACGAGCACGAUACGGUAAAUUGUGUGUCGCUAAGUCAGAUUUGUGGGUGUUUUUGUUUUUUGUUUUUUUUUGCUCUCUUUUCUCUGCAGAGAAGGAAGGCAGUUACUUGGGGGAGGGAAGCUCUCAGCCACAGCUCAGCUCAGCAGAGGAGAGGAGGCGGAGGCACUCGGCAAGGGAGGGAGGGAGAGGGGCGGGGCUUGGACUCUUCCAUUCUGAGCUCUGAGUAGUUCAUGCAGCAUUAUUAAUGAGCUGCAGGACGCCUUCUUCAUCCAGGGCCAGGUUUAUUAUUAAAGCACCCUUUUCUCCUUGGAUCAAAGAGCUCGAUCGGUCAUGAUGCCUAAAGACCCGCUGCAUAUCUGGCUGGAUAGUUUGUGAUCAGCGUAGAUGAGCUGCAGUUACAGUAGAGCACAUGUAGAAUUCUACGGUGUGUAGAAUCACAUAAGAAGUGCAUAUAACUUUUAUAAGUUUUAGUGCAAGGCCAAUGCAGGCUGCAGGAGCAGAUUGAUGGAAGAAGAUGAUUGAAAUGUCCAUAGAGAAAGAGACUGUGUUAACAGGGGAUGGGACGGGGGCUUUAAGUAGGCGUGGCAAAAGCCCAAGCCCGCCCAUAAACAUCAGUGCACCUUUUAUGGCCAACAUGGUGCUAGCAGAGCUGCGUGCUCCCCCAGAGGUGGAAGCUGAAGUUACUGAGGCUGUGAGAGUGAGGGGUGAUGGUAAACCCUUGACGAUGAAGAACGGCCUCCAGCCUGUACCUCAGCCCCAGUCUGGGCCUCAGCAGCAGCAGUCUGCUCAGAAACUGGGAAAGCGGCGCUACAGCAUGAGCGCUGGCUUUAAACACCCCGGAUUUAGCAAGCGCCGCCGCCGUGCUAACUCCGACUGUGAGCCUGUGCUCCCCACCAACUUUCUUCUGGGGGGCAACAUCUUUGAUCCCCUCAACCUCAACAGCCUGCUAGACGAGGAGGUGAACAAAGCACUGAACGCUGAGACACCAAAGUCCUCGCCCCUGCCUGCCAAAAGCAGGGAACCUGUAGAGAUUCUGAUCCCUAAAGACAUUACCGACCCGCUGAACCUGAGCGGGAAAGGUGGGGAUGCUCACGGAGGUGUUCUGGUGUCGCCCAUGAAGAUCGGCGGCGGUAGGCGGCGCCAUAGGAACCGGCACCACGGUAGUGUCCAGCUUGAGGCCUCUGACCUAGAAAGGUCAAAAGGAGAUGAAGCCAUUAGGGCUCUAUUUCCCGUGUCACGAAUCGGGGACGGGCAGGUUGGUGAUGUUCCAGAAGUGGCCAAAGAGGGCGCCACACUUCUAGACUUGGAACCUGUGGAGGAGUCACCACGUCCCUAUGAACUCAACACAUCCAUCAACUGCAGGGAUGAGGUGGUUCCGCCCAUAUUGCCUCGGCGGCGAUCCAACACCUCCACUAGCUCUGCCCCUGCAGCUGGAACCAGUAACUUCACAAGCUCCGCCCACCCGUCCAAAAACCGCAAGCGCCGGCGCACCACUAGCCGUUCGGAACGACUGUCAAUCACUCCAACUCCCACAUCCAAACAGUGCUGUGCCGAAAAAGGACAAAGCCAAACGUCCUUUCACACACCAAUUGUGAGUGGAGCCAUAGGAUUGCACCGUCCCGGUCCUCGCCAGGCCCUGCAAAACCGGCGGAAGCCACAGCGCAAAUUCCAGUAUGGUACCUACAGCCAUUACUACGGGUACCAGACCCCGGCGCCGAGCAGGGAUCCACGCCUGGCUGCUCUGAGGCCUGAAUGGUUCCGUGGGAAAAAGGUGCUGGACAUUGGAUGCAAUGUCGGGCACCUGACUCUUGCCAUUGCCAAGCACUGGAGCCCUGCCCACAUCCUGGGCCUGGACAUAGACGGGCGGCUGGUGCAUGCCGCACGGCAAAACCUUCGCCACUUCCUGUCUGAGCUGCAGAGACAGGAAGUGCAGAGUGGUUGUGUGGGCCAUGGGGAGGCGAGAGGAGACAAGGUGCAGGAGGAGAAGCAGCAGCAGCAGGAGGACAGAACUGAGAGCACAAAUAGACACACAAACACAAGGGAAAUACCUGAGGAUAACUCCAAGCGAAAGGCCUGUGAGGGGCAGGUGGGGGGUCAGGGGUCAGAGCUGAUCCCAUUAAUGAAGCUGCAACUAGAACCGCUCCGCCCAUUUCCUGUCUCCUUCAGACUGUGCAGGGGGCCCAUUGCAGCCCCCCCACUACAGCCUCACACCCCUGGGCUCUUCCCCAACAACGUGUCCUUCAUGAAGGGGAACUAUGUACCAGAGAGCGAGGCAGGUGUGAUGUCCCAGCGUGCAGAGUAUGAUGUCAUCCUGUGCCUAAGCGUAACUAAGUGGGUGCACCUGAACUGGGGUGAUCUGGGACUGCAGCGGCUCUUUAAACGAGCCUACAGACAUCUCACCCCCGGAGGAGUUUUCCUUCUGGAGGCCCAGCCCUGGAGCUCCUACAGCAAGAGGAAGAGACUGACGGAAACCACCUUUAGAAACUACAACAGUAUUCGGCUCAGACCGGACCAGUUCAGCACCUACCUCACCUCUGAGGUGGGCUUUACCAGCUACGAGCUCAUCAGCACUCCCAACAGCUGUCCUAAAGGUCUCCAGAGGCCGAUUUACCUGUUCCACAAAGGCCCCGCCUCCAGCAGGAAGUGAGGAACCCGACGGUCGGUGUGGAUGUUCUGAAUGUUUCUUCUACGAUGUUUCUUCAUCAGAACUGUGAUGAUGUUCCUCAGCACUUUCCUCAGGAGGAACCGCUGCUCUGUCAGCCUCUUUCUGGAGGUGCUGAACCCCCAAGUUUAAAUGUCUUACAGUUACACUCACACUCAGCUUCACACACUCAUUUACAGCUUUUAGAGAAAAGAGAGAGAGACUGUUCCGAUGGACAGAGAGAAAGAAGAGAAAGAACAUAUCCUCAUGUGCUGAUGGACUAACAGAGAAGUGUGUUUCUAAUCUUUUUAUUAAAGACAUUAAACCCA